AUGGUAUACACAGCACCAGCGGUGGUGAUCGACAAUGGAUCGCACACCACCAAGGCAGGAUUUGCCCUGGAGGAUCUCCCCUCACUCGUUUUCAGCUCCAAUUACGCUGUGGAUUCCGAAGGUAAAGUUAUAGUAGGCGACGAGGAAAUAUCGAGUCGGCCCGAUUGUAAAGUGAUGACUUUAAUGGAUAACGGAUUGAUAUACAACUUUGAAAACAUCACGCAUAACUGGGAAUAUAUUUACAAACAUAUGGAUAACCAAAAUGGAGUCGAUCCUAAAGAAUAUCCAUUGAUGAUAACACAACAUGAUUGGAACACACCAAAAAACAAAAUGGCGACGGCUCAAAUUGCAUUUGAAACUUUGCAGGUACCUAUUUUUUCGCUUGUCAAGACGCCAUUGGUCCAAUUGUACCAUGUAGGCAAAUCAACAGGUUUGGUCAUAGAUGUUGGUUCGUCGAAUGCUACUGUCACACCAAUUCUCGAUGGUAUAAUUCAAUCCAAGUCUUCGUUUUCAUCCAAAUUUGCAGGUGAUUUUGCCAAUUUACACGCCCUCAACUACUUACAGAAAUAUGGUGGGCUUGAUGCCCUUUUACCCAAACGGUUUCUGUCAACCAAGGCAACCGAGUCUUUCAAGAACUACCAGAUAUCACACUAUGCCCUUGAGGAUUUCAAGUUAUCGAUGCUUUCAGUUGCAGAGGGCGCUGCUAAUCAGUACCAAUACCCAGUGACUCCAAAAUCUUACCAACUCCCCAAUGGCUCUCAUGUCUCUGUCUACCGAGAACAGAUAGACUUGAUGGAAUCGUUGUUUCAACCACAACUUUAUCAAAUUCCUGGUGUCGCUAUUCCAGAACCCGCAAUGGACAAACCGCUGACCCACGGUAUAAUCACGUUGAUCUUGUCGUCUUUGAAAACCCUCGAAGGCUCUCUUGCUGGGGAACAUCAAACUCCCAACAAAUUUGGUGAAGUAUUGCGCGAGCUUUGUGGUAAUAUAUUGAUCACCGGUGGCUCGUCUCUUACUACUGGGUUCUCACAGAGAAUAUUAAAUGACCUUUACCGUUCCGCUGGGCAACUUUUCGCACCUCAAUUGCAAGGCAGAAACAUCACGUUUGGCACUUUGGGCAACCAUCAUAUCGGAGAUAUUCAGGAUACAUGGGAUCGUAAGUUUAGUGCUUGGAAAGGUGCCACGAAUUUGGCCAGCAUGUUGAACGAUUACAACGGGGAGGCCGAUAACCUCAACAUUGCUCUCGAAAACUGGUUUGUGACCAAAAGCGAUUAUGAGGAAAUGGGUGAGGAUUUGAUCUUAGAAAAGUUUAAGUAA